AUGAACAACAAUGACCCAAGUGAUCCUGGAGGUACAUAUAUUGCCAUUCCCUAUUCCCAAUUAGAUUCAUCAGGAGAUGACGACUUCGUGGAAGAGAAGCCACUGGAACCCAGACCCUACAAGACAGAUCAUGAAGAUGAAACUAUUUAGGUAAAUUGACAUUUCUAAUGAUUUCAUCAAGGAAAUCCAAUCUUUUACUGUGAAAGACAGACCACUCAUCAAGAUGCAGUUUAUUAAAAAGAGAAAAGAAUUUGGGUAAAUGCUUCACAAUAAGCAUUUAGUUUGACUUUCAAAUUUAGUGAUUAAGAGACAUCUGAGAGAACAGGUGAGAUCAAGGCUCUCGAGAAGGAUCCCCUUCAACUCGUCAAAAACAAGGUUAUUGAGAUGGGCAUACAAGGAUGUAACCCAUUCCAAGACGCCAGUUCUCAGACUGUCUGGAAUAGAAAAAUUAAUAAGGCCUUGCAAGUUGAUGAAGGGGAUGAGAGAUAAGAAUAGCCAGACGAAGACUUUAAACUUCUUAAAUUCUUGGAGACAGUUUAUCCACUUAUGGAGGAAGCGUUGUAAUCGAAUGAAACCAUUGAUAUAUAUUAAGACGAUUUCAAUGUUUUGCCACUCUCAGAACAAAAUGGAGGUAUCAUAAAAUCACUAUCCCAAUCCUAGAUUAAAAUGCUGAACUUACUAAUGUGAUCAAAGAAAUCAAAAGUUUCAGUUACUUAAAUUGUAAAGGCAAAAAAAUACAAUGCAUACAAUUCCAACCCACCAGUUAAGCCAUCAAAUCCAAAUAUAUCGUUGCAGAAUCCUUCGUCGAAAACCUCCUCUUUGAAGAAAGAGCCAUCUAUCAAUUGAAAUCCCACAAAUCCCUCAUAGUAUUCUGGGAUUUCGAAGACAUCCAUUCAAUUGAACCAGUGCUCCUAUUGCAAUCUCCCCUUGAGAUCCUCUCUUUUGAAUUCAAUCCCAAAGAUCCCAACAUAAUCGUUGGCGGCACUAUCAAUGGCUAAGUGAUGUUAUGGGAUCUCAGUGGCACAGCACUCUCUGUGUUUGCAUCCAAAAAAACCUAAAAAACUAAAUAAGAACGAAGUAUUCAUCAAAUUCUCACUAUUUUAAGAUGAAAUUCAAGAACUUCAACCUAAAAUGGUAUCGGCAUUACAAGAUCCUGCAUCAUAUUAGGCUGGCUCAUCCAAUGAAGUCUUGAGAAAGCAAGUUGCAUCUCACAAGAAUUUUGUUUUGGCUGUGAAAUGGUUCCCCAUUGGAAUGGAAUUUGAUAAGAAACACUUCAACCAUCUUAUACUGACAUCCUCUCAAGAAACCUAUCAAUUUGCAAGUAUUAGUUCAGAUGGAUAAAUUCUCUUUUGGGACACCAGAUUGAUAGACAAGGAUAGCAAAAAGACUCAAUAAGAUGUAUUAAUCAUUUUCUCAUUUCAACUAGAUUUCUACUAUUCCUUGGAAAGCCACCUAUGGAAUAUAGUUGUAUAGACCAGAAGGAGGAGGAAUGAUGAGCGGCGGAUAAAUAUAAUUCAGGAAAAGUAAUUUCUCAAUUUAAUGCCAAUAGAUUAAAAAACUCCAACUUUAUCAGGCACAUCAGAUGAAGGGGAAGUCUUCAUUAUGGAUUGGGGAGAAAAACAAGGAGAAGAGGGAUAAAAGAAUUAAUUGGUAUCUUCAAUUUGGUAAUAAUAACGAAGUAUGAGACCACCUAUUGCUCUGGAUGUAAGUCCAUUCUUUGAAGAUGUUCUACUAACUUUGCAUGAUUUCAAUUUUUGUGUUUGGAAGCACAAUGUUACUUUUCCAAUUUUUGAAAGUCUAAUCAUGAAAGGAGCCCAUAUCACUUGUGGAGGAUUCUCUCCGUAUCGUGCUGGUGUCAUUAUUGUAGGGAAAACCGAUGGUAAUUUGGAUGUUUGGGAUAUGUUGGAUUAAUCUCAUAAAUGGACUAUUCAAUUCUAGGUGGUAGCAUGUGCUAUUACAUCAUUAAAAUUCAAUGAUAACAUGGCUCAUAUUGUGGCCAUUGGUGAUUCAGAUGGUACUUUACAUUUACUUGAAUUUCCUUAAAGUUUGUGUAAAGAUUAAGGAAAUGAAGUCAAAGCUAUGAGAUUAUUCUGGGAAAGAGAGGUCAAAAGAGUAAAUUACUAUUCCGAAAGAUUCAAAAUCAGAGAAUAAUAAGCAAAAUAACAAAAUGAAAAAGAAAUUCAAGCUUAGCCUGCCAAAGAAACAAAACAAUCUGGUGAUGUAUAUUUAUUCUUAUCAUCAAAUAGACCAAGGUUCUAGAUGAAAUAGCCAACUUUGAAAAUGAAUACUAAAAAUUCAAAGAUGCUUUAUUGGGGAUUGGUCCCAAACCUGAGGAUGAAAAGGGUGCUGCCAAAGGUAAGAAAUGAAC